AUAAAACAACAUAAACUGUCAGGUAUUUCAGCGUUUUCUUUGGUUUCGUCUAGUUUUGCGUCUUUCUGGUUUUCCAGACUUUAAAUCAAAAUGAGUUUAUUUGGCAAUACCGGAGGAGGGUUUGGUACAUCAAGUUCCGUGUUUGGACAGACUGCCUCAGCCGAUCACAACCCUAUGAAAGACAUUGAGGUAGCAUCACCCCCAGAUGACAGUAUUAGCUGUUUAGAAUUCAGUCCCAUGUCUAUUCCAUCAACUUUUCUCAUUGCUGGGUCAUGGGCCAAUGAUGUGCGUUGUUGGGAGAUUCAGACAACUGGACAGACCAUCCCAAAAGCUCAACAAACUCACACUGGACCUGUACUGGAUGUGUGCUGGCAUGAUGAUGGUACAAAGGUGUUCACAGCUUCUACAGACAAAACUGCUAAAAUGUGGGAUUUGAAUUCAAACCAAGCCAUACAGAUAGCCCAGCAUGACGCACCAAUAAAGAACAUGUUUUACAGUAUGUUUUCAAAUCUUAUAAAUUGUCUUAUUCAACAGUUUUGGGAUACCAGAACACCCAAUCCAAUGUUAACGUUACAGUUACCAGAGCGCUGUUACUGCAUGGAUGUUGUAUAUCCCAUGGCAGUAGUAGGUACGGCUAAUAGAGGUAUCAUUGUGUAUCAGUUAGAAAACCAACCAUCAGAGUACAAACGUAUUGAUUCACCGUUGAAGUUUCAGCACCGAUGUGUAUCUAUAUUCAAAGACAAAAAAGGAGCUCCAACAGGUUUUGCCCUUGGAAGUAUUGAAGGCAGAGUAGCUAUACACUUUGUACAGGCAGCCAAUCCGAAAGAUAACUUCACAUUCAAAUGUCAUCGUUCCAAUGGUACUACCAACUCAAUACAAGACAUCUUUGCUGUCAAUGAUAUAGCGUUUCAUCCAGAGCAUGGUACGUUAGCAACGUGUGGAUCAGAUGGGAGGUUUAGUUUCUGGGAUAAAGAUGCACGUACUAAAUUAAAGACAUCUGAACAGUUAGAUCAGCCAAUCACAUGCUGUACUUUCAAUGCACAGGGUAAUAUCUAUGCAUAUGCCUCAAGUUAUGAUUGGUCAAAGGGUCACGAAUAUUUCAACCCACAGAGGAAAAAUUAUAUAUUCUUGCGAGGAAAUGCCAGUGACGAGUUGAAGCCGAGAAGCAAAAAAUAAGUUGUUUUAUAAAUUUGCACAUUAUUUUCUACACAACACUUUGCAUAACUCAUCUAUACUGAUUACAUUUUCUCGUCCCAUUUCCAGUUUACCUGUGUAUUGGUUUGUAUUUUAUAUUGUUUAAUUAUGUAUCUAUGGACUUAACUACCUGAAAUAAAGUAAUAAUAAAUACCAUUUUUGCUCUAUCAGUAGCACAUGCUAUUGUAUAAAUGAUAGAUGUUUUGUCCAUGAACAUAUUGAGUCGUAUACAAAUGAUUUAGCAUGCAAUAAAUGUUACUGUACCGGUAUGUGUGGCUUUUAAUAGAGCAAAAUUGGUGUUGAAAAAAAAUAAAAUCCUUGUUCAGUUUGGACAUGUUUCACUGUGUGUUUUGUUUUGUUGUUCUCGACAAUCAAGUCACUAAAAGCUAUGGCACUUUGUGAUGUUCAUGAUGUUAUUAGGGCAAUAAGUAUUGGUAAUUGUUACAGCCAGGUAGUAUUAUGUAGUCUUUUAGGCAUUGCUACAUACAAGGUGGCUCACACUAUAGUUUUUUGAAUAAUAAAUAAUUUAAAGGGAGGUAGUCGCUCAUGCCGGGCCACACCAUGCAUGUGCAACAUUUGUGUUGAUAAACAUUGAUCUCCCCAGAAUCCAGUGCGCUUUUUCUAAGGAAAUAAUGAGUUUUGCCCUGGGAGCCACUUGCUCUAAUUCCCGCCGGUGAGUCCUUUGAUACCUUCCAAACGCCAAAAGAAUACUUAAAGCUUAGUAACCUCGCAGUUUGUACUGGUGUGCGCAACAGUCAAAAUCGCCAUCUUUGUUUAUUUGAGAGCCAGAUCUUGCGCAUACACAUCGCGACGACUACCGCUCUUUAAGACUAUUUUUUAUUUGAAAAUUUUGCUUAUAAUCUAUGAUAAAUUGCAAACAACCGCACAUUGUGUUAAAGUGUUCAGAGAUGACAAGAGUCUUUGUUUUUGUGUAUUCUUAUCACAGUUAAAAUCUUGUACCUACUACUUCAAUUUCCAUCACUGAGCAAUAUUCUGAUUUAUAAAGAUUAGGUGUGAUACUGAGCAAAUAUCUUAUUUUCGAGAUAUUCCCAAAAUCACAAGACAGACACAAGUACAUAGGAUUGCAAAUAGGCAAGUCUGAAUAAAAUGGUUUAGUUUUCGUCUCUGGUUACAUAAUCAAACCUUUCUAAAUGUGCUUUGCAUAUCACCUUAUGUACAUAAAUAUCAGUGUUGCUUACCUUUCAAUUAAAAAGGCCCGAGAUUUAUAGAUAAAGUUUACAGAUAAUGUUCCUUUCAAAUUUGUUUUCAAAGUACACAGCCUAGUGUCCCAUUGUAUUACCCCAAAACACUGCUUGAUCGAUAUACAGUACAGAUUUAGAGGUAGACAGUAACUUUAAAAUUGUCUGUAUCUAUAACAGGGCAUUUACAUCAACACAUGUGUUACACUCUUAGAGUACCGUAGAAUACUUUAUUUUCGCUUGGAAUUUAUUUUCGCUGAAGGAUUGAUUCAGUGAAAAUAAA